AUGAAGAUCUUUCUCUUGAUCACUGUCCUCCUCUCCAUCCUCACCUCGACCAAAGCGAUAAUCGCUGUCGUUCUCGACACUGACGGGGAUAUUCUUAAGCCCGGUGCAGAAUACUACAUCAGGCCAGCAGCUCGAGAUAUCGCUGGAGGAAUCAUUCUCAACAGCCCGAACAAUUCUUGCCCAUUACUCAUCGGCCAAGCCAAGUCAGGAGCAGACUUGGGUUAUCCAGUGAUCUUCUCACCUGUAAACCCUAAUGCUGAGACUCUCAACGUAGGGGCUGAUACUAACAUCCAGGUCCAAGUCAUAACAAUAUGCAUACAGUCUAAUGUGUGGAGGCUAACUGGUUCUGAAGAUGAUACUGCACUGUACUAUGUGGCUACUGAUGGAGUUAAAGGGAAUCCAGGAAAGGAUACUUUGAGCAACUGGUUUAAAGUUGAUGAGUAUAUGGGCUAUUACAAGCUUAGAUUUUGUCCUGGUGUAUGCAACUUUUGUAAGCCUGUGUGUGGGGAUUUGAGUGUUGUUAUAAGGGAUGGUAAGAGGUGGUUGGUUUUGGAUAAGGAAAACCAACCAUUCCCUUUUGAAUUUGUCAAGGCAUGGGAGGAGUGA